UGGAUAAAGGAUUUGUUGUUUUAGGAGGAGAGGUGAUGAAGAAAUCAUAGAAUGCGGUUGCUAUUCCAAAGUCACAAGUUGAGUAUAUAUUCUCAUAGUUUAUGUUGCCAAAAGAAAGUGACUCGUCGUCAUAUUGACUUGUGGUUCCACUGUUAUGGACAACAAAGCAACUAUUAUGUGUGCCGUCGUGACUGGAAACCAACUUGUUCUCUCGUAGCUAUUUCUUCUUCUCACGUUACUCAAAUACCACUCGUGAAAAGACUCGAAAACUACCUCUCCCAAGCACGAGUACCUAACCACGACCAACUCACUUUCAUACAAAGAGCACACAGGUAUUAUCAACAAGGAGAGAUUCCAAGCAACUGCGAACAAGUGUUGGUGGAAUGGUACCACUCUUAUUUACAAGCUGUUUGUUCUGCUGGUAUGAAGAUGGAUCCUAAUCUAUUUACAGAAACUAUGUUUCAAGUAUUGUUGGAAUUGGUGCGUCGUUGUUGUCAACACAGAUAUCCUUUCGAACCUUUUCAUCAAAGUAUACGAGAACCGUUUGAUUAUUUAGAGUUUGGGUUGGACUUUGCUAGACCUAUAGUACACGUUGCCAAGUCUAUCAUAUUGGGAACUGAAUAUAUUAUCGGUAGCAUACCACAACAGUUGGAACGAGGAGAGAAUGUGGUGUUCUUUUCGAAUCAUCAAAGUGAAGGUGAUCCUCACGCCAUUCAUGUGUUGUUGGAAGAAAAACUGGGACAAGGAAAGUUGGCAGAGAAAAUAAUAUUCAUGGCAGGUGACCGAGUGAGAGAUGAUCCAGUAGCAAUGCCAUUUUCUAUGGGGAGAAACUUAUUAACCGUAUAUUCUAAAAGACAUAUCAAUGACUUUCCAGAAACCAAAGCAGAUAAACUGACACAUAAUAGAAAGACAAUAGCAAAAAUGCAACAAUUACUAGAACAAGGAGGAAAUAUGAUUUGGUUUGCACCGAGUGGCGGAAGGGAUAGAAGAGAUUCCCAUUCAGGUCUCGUCAAAGUUGCCGAUUUUGUACCAGAAUCAUUGGAAUUGAUGCGUUUUGUAGCGUCUCAAGUGAAAACUGUCGUUCAUUUCUAUCCAAUGGCUUUAAGAACUUGGGAUUUAUUACCACCUCCUGAUCAUAUUCAAGUAGCGUUGGGAGAAAAGCGAUAUGUUCGUUAUGUUCCCAUUGGUCUGGCUAUUGGUGAACCUAUACAAUGGCCUUGGAUGAAACAAGAACCACCUAAUGGUGUUGGAAAAGAACAAAUUCGUCAAGAAAGAGCUUCCCAUCUUCAUCACAAAGUAAAGGAAUUGUAUGAAAAACUCGGUGGAUUGGAACAAUAAAAUGGGCUAUUCAUACUCUUCUUUCUCAGUUGUUGUUAUAUGAUUAGGUAUGAUAUGCUUACAAAG